UCUUCUCCAUAACAAUGCGAUGGUGCCCAUAAUCCACCGCUGUUUCCCUCUCGUUUGAUCCAUACAUAUGUAUCUUUAGUCGAGUUGGCAGACUUUGCCUUGUUGUCAAAUUCGUUGACGAGUAUUACGCAUUCCGCAGAGCGAGAUGAGUAACCCUUUCCAGAUAGAGGCGUGGUCGGAAUAUGGCGUGGGAAUGGCGAUUCUGCUGGUGCGCAUUGCCUAUCGCUGUACACAGGUUGGAUUGAAGUGGGAGGGCGACGACUACUUUGCAGUUCUUGCGUGCGUCUUUUUUACGGCUGAGCUGAGCAUGCUCGAGUUGAUAGGUCAGAACGGGUCGAUAACUGGCUUGAGUGAUGAGAUAGCUCUCACGCUCACCGAAGAACAAAAAGUCAAGAUUGUUUACGGCAGUAAAUGUCUCUUGGCAGGAUGGAUCGUCUACACAACAUUGAUCUGGUGCCUGAAAGCAUGUAUGCUAUUCUUCUAUUGCAGAUUGACAUUCAAUCUACAGCAAAAGCGUCUUGUGAAAAUCACAGGUGCCAUCUGCGUGGCCGCGUACCUAGCGACCAUAACCGUUUUCCUUACCCACUGCCACCCACUGCCACGACUUUGGCAGGUUUACCCAUAUCCUGGAGAUGACUGCGCGUUAAACAUCUCGAAAUACCUGGCUCUGGUUGUCACGAAUGUCACGACAGAUCUGAUGAUCUUGUACAUUCCACUCCCGUUAUUGUGGACAGUUCAGAUUCCUCUACGGAGAAAAAUACUCUUCGGCUUUUGGCUCUGCACUGGUGUUUUCAUCAUGAUUGCCACGAUCCUCCGGUGCGUGAUCUGUUUGCAGGAUGUAUCCCAGAUUAAUGUGGGAACCAUCUGGAGUAUACGUGAGACGUUUGUGGGCAUCAUCGCCGUGAACCUCCCUGUUCUCAAACCCUUCCUCAGCGCCGCAACUAGCAAGAUUUCCAGCGCCGCCAAACUCUCCAGCCAACGUUCCGAAUCGGCAAACAUGAUGCCCGACUCCAUGAGACUAUCUCACGUUAAUCGGCACGGCAAGAAGCGAACGGUACACGAGAUUACUGCAGCGGAUAACUCAAGUGAAGAACGCAUCAUGCACCAUAGCGAAGAUGGAAGGGCGUCUACAGAGCAUAGCAGGGAGCGAGAUGAUAUGGGAGGCAUCAAGGUCACCAAGAGUUAUAAUGUCCAGAGUGGGACAAGAUGA